UUACGUCAGCGAUGGAAUUUGGCGACGCCGCUGUUACGUACUCAGAAACAAAGUGAUUUUAUUUGAAAUCUCUCCUUUUCUUCUUAUUUACGACAUCUUCAUCGGGCGACUUUGAUUUCCAUAGCAGAUAUCGCAAAACUAGGAUUUUUUUUAAUCUACGCUCGGAAUCAGGGAUCGACUUCCGCCUCUCCAGAACGCUUAAUCUCCUUUCGCCGAAGUGUUUUUGUUUAGUAACCUGUUAAAGAAGCCUUAAAGAUGUUUGCUCGUAUCACUUUACUGUACACGUGGGACGAUUCUUGGAGCCACAUCCCAAUGAUUAAGAAAUACCAAACUCGGCCGUGAGUUAUUGCAUUGAUUUUCACCUGAACAUCUUUACUUGAAUUUGUUUGGUGACGCUGCUAUUUGCGGCAUAAUCUGCCUAAUUCAACCUGAACUUGGACAGAACGGACAAACCUGACAUAUCUUACCUGGUGCAAAAUUAUUUGGAUGCUGAAUGCAACUGGAAAAUGUCGGCUCCAUGGAAUUCAUCUAAUAUCUCAUCUAACAGCACAAAAUCUCUGACCAAAGUGGAGCUAAAUAUCUGGAUUACUUUCCAGUUCGGUAUCGGCGUAAUUGGCGCCAUCCUCAUUGUUGUACUACUCAAUACUAUGUCGAAACUCGGCAAACUGAAGAGCGGCUCCGGUCUGCUCAUCGCGCACUCUCUGACGAUCGACCUGACCUUUUGUCUAAUUGUCAGUCCGGUGGCGGUACUGCCCAUUUACUUAACGCAAUCCCACAUAACUUUCUCCUAUGACUGUGUUUUUGUGGAAUUUUUCUUACUGCUCAUCAUCUAUGCCGGAAAUUGGACGAACGUCGUCUUGGCGGUUAACCGGCUAAUCGCGGUGGCCCUGCCACAUUUCUAUACGAGAAUCACAUCGCGGCGAUUCUCCACAUUGCUGUUAGUUAUUGUGUGGGUCAUCGCCUUUGCGUGCAGCAUUCCGACAUUGAACUUCGUAAAUGGAUUACGCUCUGGCAUGCUGCAUUCGGGUGCGUGCGGACUCACCCAGAACAAGGGCGCGACCUUUACAAUACUGGGCGCCACCGGGACUUACCUGCCGAUUGUACUGUUGGGGAUGAUCUACAUUAGUUUGUUUCUCAUUUCGCGAUUAAUGAAAGGGCGCGGCAAUCUAAGCACCGAUACGGCUAACGAGAUACACCAACGUCUUGUGAUGAAGAAACGGAUGUCGCUUGCUAAAGCGUUGUUUUUGUCUUAUGUCUGGUACUGCAUCUGCAUAUUACCGCCGGCAGUUUUGAAUAUGUUUUAUGCGACUUGGUGGAAUAAGGAGAUCAAAUUGUUGUUGUAUACAAGAGGCGCUCAAGUACUUGGCUAUGCUGCGAGUCCGGUUUUCUUUUUUGCCGUAAACCCGGAAUACCGGAAAUCACUUCGAAAGCGCUGUAUCGAUCUGCUUUACACUGUUCAGCUCAGCCAUCAAAAGCAGCAGUCGCAUAACGACAGUGGCCUGGUGAAAAUUCCUGAUAGCGCGAAAGGGAAUUCAUGCGGCAUUGCAACGACUCCGCUUAAAAACUACUGACCGACGGAACAUUAUUGCUUUCAAAUCAACGUUUUCUCUGCUGUUGGGUGCGCGAAAAAUGUUUAUUUUUCUUGCGAACAAAAUCAACAGAACUGUUUGUAAGUUUAAAACAGAGCUGUUUGUAAAAAUUCUUAGUAGGUGUAUGUUGUUUAAUUUUUUUCAA